AUGGCCUCACAACAGCGGCCGGCUGAGCCGCAGCAGCAACUGCAGCUUCCCCCAGCACGCAUUUGCCUGCUGAAGGAACUCGUGCAGAAUCCGGCCGCCGCUGUGGGGGCAUCUGUGCGUGUCACCGGUGAGAUGAAGGAGUUCCAACAAGGUGCGGGUGGUCGGCCCCUGUUGCUUCUGCACGAUCGGGGCGCCACUCUCUUAGUCGAUGGCGCGGCCGCCGUGCGCGCCGCGGAGAUUGUACCAGGCCGAGGCGUGCAAGCUGUUGGCGAGAUAGAGAGCCGUGAGGGGGUCCUGGUGAUGCAGGCGCGCAUCUUGAGGGUCGUCGACCUGGACCUUCAGCUCUACGAGCGCUGUCUGGCAGUUCGCCGGCAGUUCGAGUCUCAGUACCUCACGUGA